AUGGAUGAUGAAGAGGGGAUUCCAGAAUUUGAUCAUUUGGAGUUUUUGAGAAAUCAUCCGGAAUUGAACAUUGAACCAAUAGGCAUUGAAGUUGAGCGGGAGUUUACAAGUAGUGGUUUGGAUGAGAUUGAUGGAACAGUUGGAUUAAAUUCCGAUAAUCAGUCAGAUUUGCAGUAUACCAUGAGUGAUAGUCCGCCUUCGGCGGACAGCGCUGCGGAUACAAAUAAGAUCCCUGAAUUUGAUUACGCGGCGCUAUUUAAAAGCAACCCGCAUUUGAAACCGAAAAGUUAUAUACAGGAAGAGGGUACUGCUAGAAAUUUUGUCACCGAGGGGCUACCUUCAGAGCCACCUGCACGGUCUGUGUCAGUGGGGUCGAAAGGAAUGAUAGGGUCUACUCGGUUGCCGAAAAAGAAGCGUGAGCCGCAGGUAAUACAUUUGCUUAAGAAAGUUGAUUUGGAGACGACAACCUUUUCCAUCAUAUUGCCGUUGUUUUCGCUAUUUCACCUUAUAAUAGCCCCUCCGACAUGGAACAUAACUAUGGUAAAAAUUGGUUUGAUAUACUACUUUCUUUCGCAGCUCAGUUUAGUGGCAGGUUAUCACAGGUUUUUUACGCAUCAGUCCUACCAAUGUCACAUAGCAUUGCAGUUCUUUAUGGCUGUUUUGGGCGCAUCUUGUGGGCUUGGCUCUAUUUCGAAAUUUAGUGGCCAGCAUCUUGCUCACCAUCGGCAUUUGGACACUGAAAAAGAUCCACAAUGUUUGACAUUGUACGGGUGGUGGUUUGCACAGUGGGGACACAUGUUAUUUAGGGGCAAUAGAAAGUCGGCAAGGGCAAUCGAAGAGUGCCGUAGUACUCUGGAAUCUACUGCUCGCGCCAUCUACUCAAAAGAACAAAAUGGUUCCCAGCUAGUAAUUUCUCCUGGCUACAGCUUAUUAAAGUGGCAAGAGAAAAACUACUUUCAACUUUGGGUAUUGACGAAUUUACUUAUCCCGUCAAUGGUGGCUAAGUUUGUUUGCAAUUUGCCAUGUUUUAGCUGCAUAUUUUAUUUGGGUUUGGUGAGAAUGUCUCUUAUCCAACAGCAAUGGUUGAUUGUUGGAUCUCUAUGUCAUCUAAAAAAGUUUCCCUUUGCAUUACAGCCAUACGAUGACUCAAGAUCAUCAGUUAAUUUACCUUUGAGCAUUGUUUCGCAGAUAAUUACAUUCGGCGAGUCAAAUCACAACUUUCAUCAUGAGUUCCCAGGAGAUUUUCGCAACGGAUCUUGUUGGUACGGAUACGAUCCAGCUAAGUGGGUUAUUGUAUUGUGGAAAUACUUUGGUUUAGCCGAUCAAUUACAUAAGGCAUCGAAUGAACAAAUUAAGAAGGCUAAGGUGCAGCAGCAGCAGAAAAUCAUAGACGACGAACGUUCAAAGUUGCAGUGGGGCAUUCCAAUUGACAGUUUGCCCGUAAUUAGCCCAGAAGCAUUUACUGAUUUAGCCAAGAGGAGUUAUGAAAAGGAUAUGAGAGCACUUGUGGCAAUUGGAGGAAUAGUACACGAUGUUACCCCUUUCAUACAUGACCAUCCAGGAGGAGUAUCAUUAGUUAUCUGUGCAAUUGGCAAAGAUGCUACUCCUGCAUUUAAUGGUGCAGUUUACCAACAUUCCACUGCAGCUCGUAACUUACUGGCGACGAUGCGUAUCGCAAGAUUGAGUGAGACAGGACCUGGUGUUCAGCAAACCUCAUGGGAUAAGCAUAUGUUAAACGAUUCAACCGGACAAAGAAUUGUUCGCAAUGGAAGACAAGCUACAUUCACGAGAAUCAAUCAUUAUGCUGCUGGAGCAGCCUAG